UCGUGAUCCCGAUACCGGCCAACUCUAAUUUUGAGAGAAUGCUUGCCAAAAUUCUAAUUAUAACCUGUCUAAUAAUCCAAACCCAUUCAUGGACUUUGAAAGAUUAUCCAUCCCCUAGAGGAACUACUUAUUGGAAAUGUGGUGUUACUAAACCUGUUUGGGUUUGUGAUCCUGAUGGAGUGCUGAAUUAUCAACAGAGGAAAGAAAUUGUUGAUUUGAUUGAAAAUUUCCUGGAGAAAACUAAACGGCCAAAUUCAACAGUUCCAAGUAUGAGAGAAGGAGUUAGACUUGAAGUGGCUUUAUCAAAUUUUGAAUUUGAUUUGGAUGAUGGUUCCUUUAGAUAUACUGAUCUGUGCACAAAUGAUAGAAUUUGGAUGUUAGCUGAUACUACAAAAUGUGGGUCAGAUGUACUACAGGGAAUCGAGUUGGUAAAUACAAAUGGUUUUCUUUAUUGUUAUUCGAUACGUGAUUUAAUGCUCAAUCAUAAUGAAGAAUAUAAACUACCAGGGAGAAAGGUAAAUAUCGAAGCAAAAUUAGAUAGAUACGGUGGAAUCUCUAUAUUACGGUACCCUUGGGAUUGA